AUGGAAGUUGUAGAACAAAAAGAUAAGGUGGCUAUAAAAAUUAAAGCAAAUCGAAAUAACUCAGUGUCAUCGGCUGUAACAGUUUCUAAAGGAAACAACAAUUGCAAACUGUGCAAUGUAGACAGGCACCCACUGUAUCAUUGCCGUAAAUUUUUGCAAUUUUUACCAUCUCAACGAUUGGAUUGGGUGAAAAAUCAACAGCUCUGUUUUAACUGUUUCAGAAAUGAUCAUGUGGUGAACAAAUGUUCAUCAAGAAGUUGUACCAAAUGUAAUAAAAAGCAUAACACGUUGCUACAUUUGGAAGUUACAAAACAGAACAUUCAACCUAGCUCAAGUGGGUACAACACCGCAGUCACCACAGCGACAGCAAACACAUCCACAGGUCAUCGUGAUUAUGUUCUCUUGCCAACUGCAAGAGUCAAAAUAAUUGCAUCUAAUGGAAAUACAAGUGAAGUCCGAGCAUUACUAGACUCUGGUUCGCAAGUGAACAUAGUCUCUGAGCGUCUUGGCAAAAGGCUCAAUAUAUCAAUAACAAAAUCGUUAUUGUGCAUAGAAGGUAUAGGAAAGGUGCAAAAAAAUUCAACGCAGCGAGUUAACAUCAAAUUGCAAUCACUUAACUCAAGGUUUACUACAGAAGUCGAAGCGUUUGUGCUUCCAAAUAUAGUUCCACCUCAACCAAGUUGCAGCUACGAUAUUUCCAAAUGGAAGGUCCCGAACAGCAUUCAGUUAGCAGAUCCAACAUUUUUCCAACAAGGGAAAAUUGAUAUUUUACUCGGUGCGGAGUUCUAUUUUAGUCUGUUAAAGAAAAGUAAAUUAACGCUUGCUCCUGGGCUUCCAGUCUUGCAAAAUUCUACACUUGGCUGGAUUGUCAGUGGCAAGGUUGCAUCAAAUACAGACAAAUCAAACGUUUUAUGUGUAGUUUUUGGCGGUGGGGCGGAGGUUGUUGAUAAUAACUCAUCGUUAGAAGAUGCAAUUGAACGAUUAUGGCGAAUGGAUGAGGUGAAUACAACAGAAAGGACAUUAUCUAAAGAAGAAAAAUUAUGCGAAUCUCAUUUUGUGCAGAACGUCCAUACAAAUAAAGAAGGACGUUUUGUGGUAAGGUUGCCGUUUCUGGAAAACUCAUUGACGUUAGGGGAAUCUCAAGAAAAAGCUUGGAGAAGGUUCAUCAGUCUUGAACGACGACUAGCAAAAAAUGAUGUUUUGCGGAAACAAUAUGUCCAGUUUAUGGAAGAGUAUGAGCGAUUGGGUCACAUGACUGAAGUAAACUUGGAUUCCAUGUUGACUCCAAGAUAUUUCAUUCCUCAUCAUUGCGUACUAAAACUAGAUAGUACAAUUACUAAACUUCGAGUGGUGUUUGACGCAUCAGCCAAAACUACAUCUGGACACUCGUUGAUUGAUUUAAUGUAUAACGGACCGACAGUUCAAAGUGAACUCUUUUCAAUUCUGCUCCGUUUUAGGCGACCACGGUUUGUUUUCACCACAGAUAUCGAGAAAAUGUAUCGUCAAGUUUUCAUAAAUCCUGAAGAUCGACGCUAUCAACUUAUCAUUUGGAGAAGCAGUCCAAAUUCAACGAUUCGUUAUUAUCAGCUAAACACAAUUACAUAUGGGACUCGAGCAGCUCCUUACCUAGCAACAAGAUGUCUGCAAAAGAUAGCAUCAAAAAACAAGGUGAAUUAUCCAUUAGGAGCUCAAAUCCUGUGUGACAAUUUCUACGUUGACGAUGGGCUCGGUGGAUCAGAUAGUUUAAUUACGGCUAUUGAAGCUCAAAGGCAAUUAAUCCAUAUUUUAAAGAAGCAUCAGUUUUACCUACGGAAAUGGAGUGCAAACCAUCCUCAACUUUUAAAAAACAUUUCUCAAGAUGAUCAAGAGGUAAAUCUAGAUUUUACUAAUGAUAAUAACGAGUCAAUCAAAACGCUGGGAUUAUUUUGGUUGCCCAAAGCAGAUUUAUUUGGAAUUAAGGUCAAAAUGGUUACUGAAGGAAUAAUCACGAAGAGAGUCGUUAGUUCUGAUUUAGCUAGACUGUUCGACCCACUUGGUUUAAUAGCUCCAGUAAUAGUCAAAGCAAAGAUUUUCAUACAACACUUAUGGCAAUUGAAAUUAUCUUGGGAUGAACCACUUCCUACAGAUCUUCGUACAACGUGGUCAACAUUUAGAGAAAAAUUAAGUACUCUUGAAAAUCUUCAGGUGGCAAGACAUAUCUUCAGAGGCGAAGUUCCAUCAUCAACACAGCUACAUAUUUUUGCUGACGCAUCUGAAAAGGCAUUUGGUGCUGCAGCAUAUGUCAGAGCAAUUUUAAAAGAUGGUAGAAUAAUAGUGCGACUGUUAUGUGCAAAGUCAAGAGUAGCACCACUUAAAAAACAAACGCUACCGCGACUAGAACUAUGUGCGGCAGUCCUAGCAGCGGAACUCUCAGCAAGAGUGAAAAGCGAUCUUCAAGAGAAGGACCAGCCGGUAUUUUUGUGGACUGAUCCAGAAAUUGUGUUGUCUUGGAUCAACUCACAGUCCUCAUCAUUUCAAACAUUUGUAGCUAACAGGGUAGCAAGAAUUCAAACUUUAACUCUGUCUGAACAGUGGCGACAUGUUAGGUCAAAGGACAACCCAGCUGAUGUGUUAUCAAGAGGACUUUCAGCAAGGGCGUUGUCAACAUGUGCACUCUGGUUUCAAGGACCGUUCUUUUUGCAUGGAAGGCAGGAAGUAUGGCCACCAAGGUUUUCAUCAUCAUUACAAGUUCCAGUCGAUCUGGAGAAGAAGAAGGUUGUAGCUGUAGCAACUCAAAGCAAUGACGCAGAUUUCAUAUACAGGAUUCAACACAAGAAUUCAUUUAAGACGUUACAAAAGAUAGUAGCAUAUGUUCUUAGAUUCACUAACAACGCAAGAAAAUCAAAGGAGUCACGUGCCACACAUAUAGUACUUAGUGCCAACGAAUUGGAUGCAGCAUUAAUAACUAUAAUAUGUCACAUUCAGGGUAAUGAUUUUCAUGAAGAAAUCAAACAACUAAAGAAACAAGGUCAUGUUGAUAAAUCUAGUUCAAUCAGUAGUUUAUCUCCAUUCAUUGAUAAUGCAAAUGUUCUUAGAGUAGGAGGACGCUUAGAAGCCUCAUCAUUACCAUACGAUUCUAAACACCCAAUGCUGAUCCCAUACAAUGAUCCAUUGGCAAAAUUAUUAUUCGUGAUGUUCCAUGAAGAAAACAAACACUGUGGCCCGCAGGCACUAUUGAGUACAGUCCGACAACGUUUUUGGCCGAUUAAAGGUAAAUCAACAGCCCGAGCAACAGUUCAGCGAUGCAUUCGAUGCAACAAAGCACGUCCGCAACUAUGCCAACAAAUUAUGGGCAAUUUACCAGAAUCAAGAAUAACUCCUGCAAGACCCUUUAUUAAUGCUGGUGUAGAUUAUUGCGGACCAUUUUGGAUCCACUACAAGGUGAGGGGCAAAAAGCCAACAAAGGCAUAUAUUGCUGUCUUUUGUUGCUUUUCUACAAAGGCGGUACAUCUCGAGUUAGUGACCGAUUUAUCAACAAAUGCUUUCAUUGGAGCAUUAAAACGAUUUAUAAGUCGACGAGGACGUUGUUUGAAUAUUUACAGUGAUAACGCAACAAACUUCGUAGACGCCAAAAACCAGUUAGCAGAAUUAGAAGAAAGCAUUUAUUCUAAUAAGGACAAGAAGCAAUAA